GGGCCCCCGAUCCGCGCGCCGCGCCGGGGAGUCGGCCGGGAGCCCGCCGGGCGCCGCAGCCCCGAGCCCCGCCGUCCCUCCCCCCACGCCGGGCCGGGGCGCGAUGGCGACGUGGCGGCGGGACGGCCGGCUGACGGGCGGCCAGCGGCUGCUGUGCGCGGGCGCGGCGGGGGCGCUCAGCCUCAGCCUCACCGCGCCGCUCGAGCUCGCCACCGUGCUGGCCCAGGUCGGCGGGGCCCGGGGGCCGUGGGCCGCGGGGCUCCGGGCGUGGCGCGCCGAGGGGCCGCGGGCCCUGUGGAAGGGGAACGGGGUGGCGUGCCUGCGCCUCUUCCCCUGCAGCGCCGUGCAGCUCGCCGCCUACCGCAAGUUUGUCAUACUAUUCACGGAUGACCUGGGCCAUAUUUCCCAGUGGAGCUCCAUCAUGGCUGGGAGUCUUGCAGGCAUGGUUUCCACCAUUGUGACAUACCCUACAGACCUCAUCAAAACCCGGUUGAUUGUGCAGAACCUGCUGGAACCAUCUUACAGAGGGAUCCUCCAUGCUUUUUCUACCAUUUAUCAACAGGAAGGGUUCUUAGCCCUGUAUCGAGGGGUUUCCCUUACUGUUCUAGGUGCUCUCCCCUUCUCCGCUGGCUCCCUUCUAGUUUACAUGAACCUGGAGAAACUCUGGAAUGGACCCCGAGAUCGGUUCUCUCCCCUCCAGAACUUCGCCAAUGUCUGCCUGGCCGCUGCCGUAACCCAGACGCUCUCCUUUCCUUUCGACACGGUGAAGAGAAAAAUGCAGAGAUGGAGCAUGUUGGUGAUCAGUCAGGAUUGUUCUGGAAGUCGUGAUGAAGUCCAUGAAGUGGCCAAAGUUGUGGGUGGCCAAAGAGGCGUAAAAGCUCAGAGCCCGCACCUUCCCCACCAUGGAGGAGUGGAUGUCCAUUUCUCAGGAGCAGUGGACUGCUUCCGGCAGAUAGUCAAAGCCCAAGGGGUCCUGGCACUCUGGAAUGGACUGACAGCCAACUUGCUGAAGAUAGUUCCGUAUUUUGGAGUUAUGUUUGGCACCUUUGAGUUCUGCAAGAGAAUCUGUCUUUACCAAAAUGGUUACAUUGUGUCUCCUCUGAGCUGUAAAUUGACCCCAGGGGUGGAUCAGAGUGUGAAGCCCCAGGAAUUGCGGGAACUUAAAAAGUUCUUCAAAACUGGACAGCUGAAGUCUAAAAAACCAACUCUUUAAAACUGAAUGAAACAAGAAGUGCACUGCCCGAAGGCGUGUUAUAAUCAUAAAAAAAAAUGUCAUCUCAUAACUGUGUGUGCGCGGAGUGGCGAGAGGAUACUCCCAUCUGCUGCUCUUGGAAGUGAGAAGAUUCAGCCACAGAACCAGCUCCAAGCUCCAAACGGAUGUCCUGGUGAUCACCUGUGCCCUGGAAGAGCUUCCCAACACGACUGCUGCAUGGUGGCCUUCCACCAGAUUUUAUAACAAAAGCUAGCAUUAACGAAACGUGCGAUUACACUCCGUAAAUGGGCAACUUACACGACACCAAAGCAAGGGCAUCACCGUGACCUCAGAGUCUCAUGUCCUCGAAGCAGCUGAGCAAGUAGCACAUCCGGAGCUCAGCCACAGGGCUGCAGCUUGCACUAACCCACACUGGCCUCGCGUUGUCCAUUCGACCCGAGUCUUCCCAACACGCUUGUUUCUGAAACUCCUAAUGUUUGCUGACCUCUGCAUAAAUUACGCCCUAUCAGAAGCUAAAUGAAAGGGGCGCCUGGGUGGCCCCGUCGGUGAAGCGUCUGCCUCUGGCUCAGGUCAUGAUCUCAGGGUCCUGGGAUCGAGCCCCGCGUCGGGCUCCCUGCUCCGCGGGGAGUCUGCUUCUCCCUCUCCCUCUGUGGGUACUCUCUCUCUCUCUCAAAUAAAUAAAUAAAUCUUUUAAAAAAAGAAACUAAAUUAAAACCUUUAACAUUUAAAA